CGAUCAACGACGUGCUAAGCGGGCAAAAAGGCAAUUAUGGUUAGUGGGGUAGCUUUCGGCAUCAUUUGGAAGGAAGCAUUGCAGUUGUAGAAUCACUUGAGGUUCUCGUCGCCCUGUACUCUCUAAACCAUCUUCUCUCGCAUCGCGUAAGACGGUCUGAUUGCUAAAGUAAUACAUCAUACGCGGUCGGAAAAUCACGUUUGACCACAAACAUUUAUCGCGUUUGACAGACCAAGCUUUGCUGUAAACAUGUUCUCACUGACUCUCACUGCUGAGCUUGGCGGGGUCACGAACCUGCGCCCUGAUGAUACCGAGGCAAGCCCAUUCUGGUAUACUUUCAAGGUCCAGUGCACUUCGUGUCGAGAGACCCAUGCAAAUUGGGUUGGAGUUAGCCGCUUUGAGACAAACGAGAUGAGUGGUAGCAGAGGAGAGGCCAACUUUGUUUGGAAGUGCAAAAACUGCAAGCGAGAGUCUUCGGCAUCAAUCAAAGCAGCACCAACUGCAUAUGAGGCUUCGGAGCCGGCAAAGAGUCAAAAGAUUAUCGAGUUCGACUGUCGUGGGCUCGAGUUUGUCGAGUUCAAGCCAGAGGGCAACUGGCUGGCUGAGGGUGUCGAGUCAGGAACCAAGUUCACGGAAAUUGACCUCGACGAGGGUGAGUGGUUUGAGUACGAUGAAAAGGCUGGGGAUGAAGUCAGCAUAAAAGAUCUUAAAUGGGAAAUCCGCCGUGCAUAGCGGGAUUGAUGUCGAGUCUGUAGUCGAGGUCGAAAUCCAAUGGAACACAUUCAACAGUAGGCCUAUCUAAAGAUUACCGGAAGAGUGGUCUGCUAUUUUUAUGAGGACUAGAUGGACGGUAAGAAAGUCACCAUGACUGCAAGGCUAAAGCUACUUGCUUACACACUUGGCCUGUUCUCGAAACCCAUCUAAUUAGCCGAGUCAAAACAAGGUAUCGAUCAAGUUAGAUUAUAGCUACAGAAGUUUAGACAUGAAUUCCGCAAAAGGGCAAUUCAUUCAACGAAGAGCCAGGUUCGAGUCCAUGGAGAUAGGUCACAAGGGUACUUCUGCCCCUGACUGAGACCUCACGAGAGCAAUGUCGGAAAGCAGCGGCUUGCAUCUGACCGACUACUGCAGAAGCACAAAGUUCGAGUUCUAGACCUGGGAACCCCUGGCAUGGAGUCACUG